GUUUCUUAGUGGGUCACUGCUGAAGGAUCGUAUCACAAGGAGUGUUUUUUUCCCCUCCCAAGGUACUACUUCACUAAAAGCACCCGUGUCGCUGUCUGUUGUUGUUGUUGUUGUUGUGUGAGGAGGAUGAGGAUGAAGGAGGCUCUGGUCCUUCUCUGCACGGUCUCAAUGUGUGGAGCUCAGAAAUGGAAAACCCCACGCUGGGAUCCUAAAGCAGAACACACCUAUAGCAGGACCUGUUCCAACCUGACGCAGGUCCUGGACAACUGGAAAUUUGCCAUUCUAACCCAAGUGAAGGACAUGCUGAUUAAUGACCAUGCCUCCGUCCUUCCUGAAUACAACAGGAUCCAACCUCUGUCAGAUGCUCUGGGAGACCUCUACAAGCAGUUUAACGGUCUAAAAGACGAGCUGGGAAAGCUUACGACGAAGUUUGACAGAGUGGAGGCUUUCGUGGACGACCUUAGAUUUACUCCGCCGCAGCGACCCGUACAGAAGAUUCCCCCAAAGUUUGGUCUGAGGUCUCCUCUGCGGGCUCAGAUGAGGGCCCCUGAUAGAGGGUUUAUCACCAAUCCAACAGUGUUCAGAAUGAGGAGGAGAGGGCCUCAGAGACCUUAGACUCUUUACAGUGUACACUUUUUAUUUGUUAUAAACAUUGUUAUACAGGUGUUUAUUUUAUUUUAUUUUAUUGAGUGUGAUGUAAUAGGAUCACAAGACCGACUUGUGGUUUGUAAAUCUCCACAUCCUGUAUUACCUAGUUGUACAAACAUAUAACCACAAGGUGGCAGUAUUUACCAAUUUAAUCACUGCACUGUCUGGUUAUAAAGUAGCGAAGUGGAUUGAAAUGUAAAAGCCAUUAAUAUACUAGAGUUAAUUCUUCACUUCAAAUACAAGUUGUGUGAUCUCGUCUCCA